AUUUGCAGUCAAACUCGUGUGCCCAGCUCAGGAGUGUCCUCUAGGAAGCCCUGGCUUGAGCUGGAGAGAGACGAAAGAGUGAAAAAAUACAAAAGACUGUGAGGGAUAGUCUAAAGCAGACACAGCCACUCACUCAGUCACUCUUAAGUGGUGCUUCAAAGCCUACAUACAGGCAGACGUACUCCUUCACAUCCUACAGACUGCAUCAAAUACACUGCAGAGAUGAUUUUCCGCCUGCCUCGCCUGACUCCCGGCUACAUCCGCUACCUGCAGACCCAGGCCAUGCAGACGAUCACCUACAGGGCUGGUGAUGUGGUGAUGCCACGGUUGGCUGUGCUCCUUGGGGCGCUGGGUAUUGGGAUGUCGGGUUAUAGCUCUCAUCAGCUCGCCCUGCACCACCACCCCUCCGCCCGAGUGCUCCAGUGGCUGGAGAGAACAGCGCCUCCACGUGGUCAAACAACUUCCGCCCUGGCCACCCAACUGCAGAACCUCGGCCAGCAUAGCCCUACCCCUAAAGUGCCUUAG